AUGGCAGUCAGAAGAGAAGACACUGCUCCAGACUUGAAAGACUUCCAGAUUGGUUGUUCUUGGAUUCCUACAACCCCCGCAAAGCCCAAUUCGACAAAACAGCAACUGAUCUGCACAAACUCACAAGAAAAUCACUGGGUUCAAACCAAUUGGCUGGAAUCAGAAAGGCGCACUCCAGAUAACGUGGUCGCCCAAGCAAAUUUAUCUGAAUCAGGAAGAUUACCAGGAGAUAUUCUGCAAGAGACACAAUGGCAGAUGGCACCUGCAUGUUAUAGUUCAACAAAUCUAUAUAGUGUAAUCCGAGGCUCCAACAAUUGGCUAGCAGGGGAGGCGACCAAUUCCCAUGGUUGCGGAGACAAUUUAUCCAAUUUUGACACUUGGCGCGAAGCUGAGGCCGCCAAUUCCCAUGUUUGUGUAGACGAUUUACACACAAACGACAAGUUGUUCGUACAAGACAUGGACAAAUGGACCAAUAUGUCUUUUGGAAAUCUCUUGGCUUUAGCACAUGUGGUGGGCAACAAAGCAGCAGUGGAGAAAGCACUUACAAAUACAGAUUCUGUUGCUACAAGCAGCAUUUCUGCCCCCUAUUUUCACCCCCAAACUGAAGCACUUGGUCAGUUUACUCUGAGUUUCGGGAAUUCUUCACUGCAAGAUCUGGACAGUUUGCUUGGAGCAAAUUUUGAGGCCGAACUAAACAUACCUAAUGUUCCCAAGGAUGGAAGUUCAAUCCCUUCUAGGCAAUUUUUUGAUCUUAAUUCACCACCCAGAACAGUUAGAGAUGCAUUCUUGAGUAAGAAUACAUCAUCCCACUUUGAACCCAUAACACCAGAGAAGACCACCAGAGCUGAGCACAGGCAGGAGUCCUCUAUACAGGAUUUAAGCAUAGAUGAACUACCUGCAGGGAAAGAUGCACAGGAGAAUAAAAUCACCAGGGAUGGAGUUAUGGAACAUAACAAAAAGUUUCAGCUGGUCAAUGAUCAAUUGUGUGCAGCCACAUCCACACAAUUGCAGGAGAAUCACAAGCCUGACAAGGGAGGCACAGAGGAAACUGGUCUGAGCAAGACCACUCAGCAGAAGCCAAGGAGGAAAAAGCACAGGCCCAAAGUCAUAAUUGAAGGUCAACAUAAAAGUACUCCUAAAUCAACUAAAGCAAAACCUACUGUGACCCCCGAAACCCCAAGGGUCAAGAGGAAGUAUGUUCGAAGAAAAGGAGUCAACAAUCCCUUAGAAGGGGAAACCAAUGGAACAAUGGAUUCAAUCAAAAUGGCCCCUAGUUCUACAGAUAAUCCAGUAGGCAAGAGGAAGUAUGUAAGAAGAAAAGGAAUCAACAAACCUGAAGAUAACAUGGAUAAGGAAACUCCUGAAGCCACGGAUGUAAAGCCGCGCCGGUAUACCAGAAGUUCCUGCAAAAGAUCUCUGAAUUUUAACUCAGAGGACCAAGUGAGAGAUGAAAGUUCCUUGUACUGUGAACCUCCAAAUUGCAACAGGGAGUGGCAAGCAGAGAACUUCAAUGCGGAAAAUCAACCAAGGACAACUGUGCCGUACCAACAGCGGAUGGAAAUAAUGAUGGAGAGAAAUGACAUGGGAGUUUCUCAUGAACUUUCACACUCUAUGAAUCAAGUAAGGGAAGAUAACCUGCCAAGGCCUGAAAAACAUUCGCCAAGCCCCUCACCUUCUACAAAUAUGGAUCAAUUGAAGGACAACGACGUGCUCAGAGAUCAAAUUGUAUCUACCCGAGGAAAGUGCCAAAUAGUAUUCUCAGAUGUAACACAUGAUAAAGAGGCAAAUAUUGUUCAGAUGCGGAUGAACCUGGACGGCCAGACGAUACCAAAAAGUCCUAGUGAUUCCAUCUGCAGCAGCACAUGCCUGACACCAGAAAGACAAGUGAGAGGCUUGAAAAGACAAAACACGGAUACAACUGUUGAAGCAGAACUCUGCAACAAAAAUGGAACAUUUUACAAUUCCUUGCAGGCAUACCUUCCAAUAUUUUCACAAGAUGCAGAUAAGAAUGAUAGUACUCCUGGGUUGCAAUUUCCAGCAAGCUGUAAGAGAAAGAGGACUGAAAAGGGACAUAACAUGGCAACAUCCAGCUCGCAGUAUACAGCAUCUACCUUGGACAAUCAUGUGAAACUUGAAAGAUGCUCUCUCAGAGAUUCUUGCAUAAAGCUGUUCGCAUCAACAACAGAUCAAGGAUCUUCUGGUGUUCAGUUUCAAGUUAAUAAUCUGCUAUCAAUUGAUCAUGUAACUGAUGGUAUGCAGAAAGGAAAGCAAGUUUACAACGAUCUGUUGGCUUUGGGACCAACAGAGAGGAUUAGAAAAAGAAGAUCAAAAGGCCCCAUUCGAGUACGGAAUUUAGCUUCUCUGCAAGGAAUCUGUAAAGGACUUCCAGCAUCUCCAGGCAGAGCAGCAACAACAUCGAGAGUUAAACAAGAUAUUGAAAUUCUACAUGAACCAAAUACAUGCAUGGAUGCCCUUGUAGCUGACACCCAUUCAACAGUGACAACAAAGAAGCGGUCAAAGAGAAGCCUGCUUAUAAAUUCAACAAUGCAGAAUUUCUACAAUCACCAAAAGUCUGCCACUAUAUCAAUGGGACCACCACUGGCUCUAACAUGGAAAUGCAUGGCUUCAGUUGACUCAAUCAUUGAGCAACUUAACCAACUAGAUUUAAAUGCAGAGAGUGGCCCAGCAUCAGCUCAGAUGCAGAAUGUGUUCUUGGCAUACCACACACAUUAUGAUGACCAACAUGCCCUUGUUCCAUUUCAAACAUAUGGAGCUGUUGUCCCUUUUGAUAGUUCAUUUGAUCAAGUCAGAAGAAGGAGACCAAGGCCUAAAGUCGACCUUGAUGAUGAGACAACUAGAGUUUGGAAACUUUUGCUAGAAAAUAUAAAUAGUGAAGGCAUUGAUGGAACAGAUGAAGAAAAGACAAAAUGGUGGGAAGAAGAACGAAGAGUAUUCAAUGGAAGAGCAGACUCAUUCAUCGCACGCAUGCAUCUUGUACAAGGAGACAGACGCUUUUCUCCAUGGAAAGGAUCAGUUAUUGACUCUGUAGUUGGUGUUUUCCUUACUCAGAAUGUUUCAGAUCAUCUUUCCAGCUCAGCCUUCAUGGCACUUGCUGCACGAUUUCCCCUUGUGUCAAAGAGCCAACAUAUGGAAUUACAUGAAGAGACACUAGUUACCAAAAUGAAAGAACCUGAAGUAUGUGAGCUGGAUCCUGAGGAGACAUUUGGACUAAACAAGGAGAUCUUGAAUCAGUUGGUAUGUGGAGAGGAUACUAAAAUAGUUCAGGAAUUUGAAGAUGAUGGUAUUAGAGAAGUGAACAGCGUGAAAUCCUCUGGAAGCAAUUUUGAUGCAUUUAUCCCAAAAGACAACUUAAGAGGCCAAUCACCUGAUACCUCUAAAGAUGAUCUGGUUAUAUCACGUGAAACAAUCACAAACAAGUCAAUAAGUUUGACUGAGGAUGGAAGAGACACAGAAGACACACUUUCUUCUCAUACUGCAGAGAUUUCUUCUCAGAACUCUGCAGAUUCCCCAAUUGCACAAACCAUUGAAAGAAGUGAUUCUUGCUUACUGAGCACCUCAGAAGAAGAACCACCAGCUGGGGAUAAAAGAAAUCCGUUCACCAGCUCUACUUCUUUUGUAAAGCUUCUGCAGAUGGCUGGCACUGUACUACAUGGUGUUUAUGAAAAAGGUACUGAAGAAAACAUGUCUUAUAAAAAUGCACAAGUGCAAUCAGAAAGGUUGGCCCUUAACUUGCAGAAUGAGGGCCACCUGGAGAAGCCUACAUUCCCUGCUAAACCUGUGGCCUCAUGCAGCAAGUCUAUUUUCUGUCAUGUACCCAGCUCAGGAGCACAAACACCAGAUUUUGAGUUGUCUCAAAAACACAGCAAGGGCAUCAAUAGCUCUAAUGACAAGGAACUUUGUGCAGCUGAAUUAAGCGGGUUGUCUUCAGAAUCUGCCUCACAGACCACAGAUCAGAAGAUCACAGCUUUUAGUUUUGAAGAGGGGGCAAAAUUUUCCAGUUUAAAUGCUCACUCGAGUAACAACUAUCAAAUUGAGAUAAAUCAAGAGAGAGUUGGAAAGCGGACAGGCCAAGUACCAACACAGAGUUUAGUUCAAGAGAACAAUUAUAAAAUGCAGGAGGUUUCAAAAGUUCCCAUCUACCCACAAAAUUUGAUAGAUGUUACCGGUAGUAGUAGCAACAUUGAUAAUUCAAAAAAUUCCGAGCACAAAGAAGUUAACUCAAAUAAGGACCCUGAUUACCGUCCUGGCAAGACGGUUGAAGGACCGAAAGCAAAAGGAGGAAGAAACAGAAAAGAGAAAGAGAACCAAGUUGAUUGGGAUCAAUUGAGAAAACAGGCACAAGCAGGUGGCAGAGAAAGAGUGAGAACAGCCAAUACAUUGGACUCAGUGGACUGGGAUGCUGUAAGAUGUGCAGAUGUUAAUGAGAUUGCACAUACAAUAAAAGAAAGGGGAAUGAACAAUAUGCUAGCGGAGAGAAUCAAGGACUUCCUCAACCGCGUUGUUAGAGACCAUGGAAGCAUUGAUCUGGAAUGGCUUAGGGAUAUUCCACCAGACAAAGCAAAGGAGUAUCUGCUGAGUAUUAGAGGUUUGGGAUUGAAGAGUGUGGAGUGUGUGCGGCUAUUGACCCUUCAUCACCUUGCCUUUCCAGUCGACACCAAUGUUGGCCGUAUAGCAGUGCGAUUGGGCUGGGUACCUCUGCAGCCAUUGCCUGAGUCACUUCAGCUGCAUCUGCUAGAACUGUACCCUGUAUUGGAGUCCAUUCAGAAAUAUCUGUGGCCUAGGCUCUGCAAGCUUGAUCAGAAAACACUAUAUGAGCUGCAUUAUCAAAUGAUCACUUUUGGAAAGGUAUUUUGCACAAAGAGCAAACCGAAUUGCAAUGCAUGUCCAAUGAGGGGAGAGUGCAGACAUUUCGCAAGUGCAUUUGCAAGCGCAAGACUUGCUCUCCCAGCACCAGAAGACAAAAGCAUUGUGAGUGCAACAGAAAACAGAACAGCUGAUCAAAAUCCAAUGAGAAGUAUGAAUACCUUGCAGUUGCCUGCACCUCAAGCUAACCAAAUGGAUGCUAAAUCUAGAGUUAGCAACUCUCAACCCAUCAUUGAAGAGCCAGCAACGCCAGAGCCUAUUAUCGAAGUGCCAGCCACACCAGAGCCAACUAUAGAAGUGCCAGCCACACCAGAACCAAACUAUACACAAGCCCCAGAAUGCGAUAUUGAGAGUGCUUUCAAUGAAGACCCUGAUGAGAUCCCCACGAUCAAACUCAAUAUGGAAGAGUUCACUCAUAAUUUGCAGAAGAUCAUGCAGCAAAAUACGGAAUUACAGGAGGGCGAUAUGUCAAAGGCCUUAGUAGCUUUAACUUCACAAGCUGCUUCAAUCCCAGUGCCUAAACUUAAGAAUGUGAGCCGACUCAGAACAGAGCAUCAAGUCUAUGAGCUUCCAGAUUCACACCCUCUACUAGAAGGGAUGGACAAACGAGAACCUGAUGAUCCUUGCCCUUACCUACUUGCUAUAUGGACCCCAGGCGAAACUGCAAAUUCUAUUGAACCGCCAGAAAGACGGUGCAGCUCCCAAGAGCUUGAGAAGCUAUGCAGUGAUGAAACCUGUUCAUCAUGCAACAGCAUACGAGAAGCAAACUCUCAAACUGUCAGGGGGACUCUUCUGAUACCUUGCAGAACGGCCAUGAGAGGAAGCUUUCCACUAAAUGGCACUUACUUUCAAGUAAAUGAGGUAUUUUCUGACCAUGAAAGCAGCCUAUCUCCAAUGGCUGUUCCAAGAGAGUGGUUAUGGAACUUGCCAAGGAGAACAGUGUACUUUGGGACAUCAAUACCAACUAUAUUCAAAGGGCUGUCCACAGAAGGUAUUCAAUACUGCUUUUGGAGAGGGUUUGUCUGUGUCAGAGGAUUUGACAGGAAGACAAGAGCACCCCGUCCUCUCAUCGCCAGAUUGCACUUUCCAGCUAGCAAAUUAGCCAAAGGAAAAGGAAAGGUAGAUGAGAACUAAACAUAGACUGCACUUAGUUUAACCAUCUGUAGAACCCAAUGUGGAAGCAGCAGGAUAAUGUGACAGUCCAUUGGCUUGUAUCAUGUGAACCAGGACUGAGGCUGGAUUAAUUGGAAAUGAAUAUAUUUCAUCAGCAAAGGUGAAAUAUUAAUAUCCUGCAGGGAUUUAGGAAUGAUCUUUUCUUCUUAUUUGUGGCCUGUUCUCAUGAAAUUAA